CCAGCACUAAACCUUAAAAUUAACCUUUUUUUCUCUGUGUAGACUUAGAUGCUCAUGCAUAUCCUUGCCUUGAGUGUGACAGCCGAAAUUCCCGAACUAUGGGGCCCACCCAUAAAUUAGGCCACACACAAAGCGGCCCAAAUUAUUCUGCUGCAAUGGAAUGACCAAUGCCAAAGCCGACACGCAAAGUGGCAAAACCACACGAAAAGCUCCACGGGCUGGCAAAAAGUGGAGCUGUUGCAUUGCGCAACAAUUGCACCGGCCAAGCAAAGUCCGAGGCAAAAUCGGCGAUGGCAAUGGCGAUGGCGAUGACGAUGGGAAGAUUGGCGGGCCAAAACACACACAAGCCACACAAGACAUCGCAUCAUGAAUGAAUGACGCUUGUCUCGAUCUGAGCGCAGCAGCAGCUGAUUCAGUGAGCUGUGAACUUGUUUGCGACAGCAAAACAGCAGCCAGUCGGCAAUUGCCUAUCGGCAGCCAGUAGUCAGUAGCCAGCUCAAUAUCGGACGGGAUCGGAUAUAUCAGUUACUAAAACUAUGUGUCAAACAAUGCGUUGCAUCCUGAUUGUCUGCGUGGCCCUUGCUCUUCUUGCCGCCGGCUGCCGCGUGGAGGCCUCGAACUCCAGACCGCCGCGGAAGAACGAUGUCAACACCAUGGCCGAUGCCUAUAAGUUCCUGCAGGAUCUGGACACCUACUACGGGGACAGGGCCCGGGUUCGAUUCGGAAAGCGGGGGGCCCUGAUGGACAUGCUGAGGAAUCGCGAACUGGACAACUUUAAUCUGGGAAAGAAUGCCAACAACGGAGGAGAAUUGGUCCGCGCUUUGGAUGAGGAGGAGGUGUACUAAACCCACUCUUGGCAACCAUGGCAACGUUCUUAACUCAUGAUUAUUGUUAUUAGCAUACGCAUUAUUGUUUAGAAUAUUUUUCGGGGCAAUAGUUUAACGUGUUGGGAGAGGAUUUGUAGUUGCAGCUACAGAAUUAAGGAGUUAUUCUAGUCUUGAUGUUUGUUGAAUAAAUGAAAUACCCAAAUAAACGUCUUCGUGAUGUUAAAACUUAAAUAAAGAGUGCAAUGAUCAAA